UCAUGUGAUCACAACAGUCAGCUGACAAGGAAGUCACGCACUUGUUCAUUGAGCGGCUUUCGCUCGCAGUAAUAUUAUUCCAGCGUUUUUUUCAUAAAAGCAUUCUUUAUUUUUUAAAUACCCGUUAAUUGCUUUAAGGAUCUUGCUUAUGUGUUUAAGAUGAAUCCUUGCGUGGCAGCGCUCAUCACGCUGUUUUUGUGCGCGCUUUCCACCGGUGCAGCCCAGCAUCUGGACACAGAGUGGCUGUCGGGUGAUCUAUACGCGUCUCCUCAGCUCCUACAAGUCUCUAAUAGCACAAACUCGUCAGGAUUGAUCUAUGGAUUCAUAUCCUGCGCCGUCUCCGCGCUUUUCUACGGAAGCAACUUCGUGCCAGUGAAAAAGAUAGACACUGGAGAUGGUAUGUUUUUCCAGUGGAUUCUGUGUGCUGCUAUAUGGACCGUCUCCCUAGUGGUAAACAUCAUUCUGAACAGCCCAAAAUUUUGGCCUCUUGCUAUGCUUGGAGGAGCCAUUUGGGCCACUGGUAAUGUAACUGUAGUUCCUAUUGUAAAGACUGUUGGGCUUGGUCUCGGACUUCUUAUAUGGGCUUCGUUUAAUCUUCUUAUGGGCUGGGCUAGUUCACGUUUUGGCUGGUUUGGUAUCGAAGCUGAAACCGUAUCCAAACCAGUACUCAACUACUGUGGAGCGGGUCUUUGUUUUAUCAGUGCCAUUGUGUUUUUCUUUGUGAAGAGUGAUGGUCAAAGAUCAACAACAUCUGAAGAAACGCCAUUAUUAAUAGACCAUUCAGUGAACUCAGAAACUGUGAAUGCAACAGAUGAUUCCUGGGUGGAUGCAUUAACACCACGCUCCAAACGUAUUGUUGGGUCGCUGCUUGCUGUCGUUGCUGGACUGCUGUAUGGUUCAUCAUUUGUUCCAGUUCUGUACAUUAAAAACCAUGCAGCUGAUCCAGAUAGCCAAUACAGAGGAGCUAGCCAGUUUGAUCUGGAUUAUGUCUUUGCACAGUACAGUGGUAUCUUUCUUACCAGUACCGUGUAUUUCCUGCUGUACUGUGCCUUCAAAAAGAAUAAACCACAAGUGUUUCCUAAAGCUGUACUGCCAGGGUUCGUUUCUGGCUUGAUGUGGGGCGUGGCCACAUGCUGCUGGUUUUUAGCCAAUCACUAUCUAAGUGCUGUAGUGAGCUUUCCUAUUAUCACCACGGUUCCUGGAGUGAUUGCUGCUCUCUGGGGUGUUGUGGUUUUCAGGGAAGUGAAGGGUUUAAGAAAUUACAUUGUCCUUAUCUUAGCUUUUUGUCUUGUUUUAUCUGGAGCUUUAUUAACUGCAUUUUCAAAGGUUUAAUUAAAUCUUGACACAAGAAAAAUGCCGUAAAUACUUAAGACACACGUUUGGGGAAAUGUUUUAAUUAUACCUUUACAAUUAUUUUUAUAAUAUUUUCAGAAAUAUUUGUAAUACUUCAAAUGAGAUUUGUAGCAAUUUUAUAUACUGUAUAAAGGUCAUGUAACACCAAUAACCUAAACAUACCUGAUUAAUGAGGAUAAUAUAACUGUUUGUCAGGAAAAGUGCAAUAUUAUUAUAGAUUUUAUGUUAUUGAGUGUGAAUUAGAAAACUUAAACAACCUUUUUUCAUGUUUACACAAUAAUAGACCUCAUUUUACUUGUGUUUAUUGUCUUUUUGCACAUGUAGUGAUUGCUGGUUUUCAUUAGGCACAUGAUAAAAACAGGUUGCAUCUGUGCAUUUCAUUGUUGUUUUCUUGAGAUACAUUUUUUGUACAGAAUCAAAAUCAUCUCCAGUUAAAUUUGCUUGAUUUUUUUAUUACUUUGUAAUUUUAAGGGACAAGAUUUCUUUUGCAAUGCAACUUUGUAAGCACCCUUUCCUCUCACAUUUGAAUGUUUUAUUUUUUUUCUUCAUUAAUCUCUGUGAAUCACUUCAUUGACAAUCUUCAACAAGAACUUAUGUUAUGAAUAAGUUCAGUUAUGAAUUUCUGCACGGGUAUAAGUUUGGUUUUAGGAGCAUUAAGAUUUCUUUUGCCAUGUAACUUUGUAAGCACAUUUUCCUUUCACGUUUGAAUAGUUUUUUUUUAAAUUAGUUUAGAAACUAAUUAGCAUAAAAUGCAACAAGUACUACUAACUUAACAUAAAUUUUGCUUUGAAGUAAAGAUGGUGCCUUCUUUAUUUUAAUGUUGUAUUAUUAAGGCAAAUUGUGAAGUGAGUGCCAAAGGUUUUAAUGUUUUUUUUCCCUUGUUUUUUUUUUUUUUGCAUGAAACAACAUACCGGCUUGUUCUUCACAAGUUUUGUGGGAUUCACAAAGUAAUUGAUGAGUUGUUUUAUUGUUAUCGUCAAAAUAUUUAUUUUUAAAUAAAGGGAAACUUUCAAGCUUUAUGCUGAA